UGUGUCGCCAUGGAAACAGUGCAGUCUCCCGGCCACUCUGGGCCCUGCCGCUCGAUGCUCUCGGCUGUCGAUUGCGCGCCCUGUGCCGUCUCAGCCUGCGCUCGGCGAUCUCCCUCGGUCACUGCGGCAGAGGUGUCAUGGCGGCGCGCAGCUCGGAUUCACGUGGUGUAUUUUACGAAGCGGUCCAGGCGGUGCUGGGGAGCUGGCCGGUGCUGCAGAUUGCUGUCGAGAAUGGAUUCGGAGGUUCUCAUGUGCAGGAAAAGGCACAAUGGAUGGUGGGGGUGAUACAUGAGUAUUUCUACACCAAUUCUGACCUGGAGCAGUACGAGGUGGAGGAGACCCUGCAGGGCAUAAUGAAUGACGAGUUCGACACAAUGGUGGAGGAUGGAAGUUUACCUUUGAUUGCCCAGCAGCUCUGCACGUUCUUCUCCCAGUGCCAACAUGGAGACACCACCAACAUGAAAGAGAAGAUCGCUCAGCUGUCCCAGAAGAAAUAUAAUGUCAAAGCUAAUGUGCAGGAAGUGAGGGAUGAGGAGGAGAGCAGCACCGAGGAGGACGAGGAGGCGAUGGACUGUGAGACGAGUAUACCGACCCCUUCCACCGGAACCGCGUCCGCCGCACCUAGUACAUCGGCGUCUGACGGGCACCACAGGGAACCCGAGGAGGGGGAGAUACCUGAGGCUGAUGGCUGGACAGUGGUCCGGAGGAAAAAGAAGUGAUGAGAACAUUUUCACUAUUGCACAGCUAGGUGGCGCCAUUUUACCAAGCACGGCGGUCACAGGCUCUAUGGUAUGUGCCCGGUAGAGACUUGGACACAUUGAACCAUCUGGGCGAAAUACACCAGAUCGUGAAUCGCCUGGAGGACGGAGGAUUGGAUCAUCCAUUUAAAUAGACAUUUGCUCUGUAUAAAUUAUUAUUGACACACAAUAAGUCAGUGCUUCCUAACCAGUGUGCCUCCAGCUGUUGCAAAACUACAACUCCCAGCAUGUCCGGACAGCCAACGGCUGUCCGGGCAUGCUGGGAGUUGUAGUUUUGCAACAGCUGGAGGACUGCAGUUUGGACACCACUACAGUAAACGAUUUAUGGGAGUUGUUAUUUUGCAACAGCUGGAGGACUGCAGUUUGGAGACCACUACAGUAAAGGAUUGAUGGGAGUUGUUAUUUUGCAACAGCUGGAGGCACCCUGGUUAGGAAACACCUUUAGAAGGGCUCCAUAUAGAACGUGCGAUCUCCCAAAGGCAGAUAGACACAGAAUGAAUCAGGCCCAGCCUGUCUUAUAAAGAUGCAUAUGUAUGACCGGUCUGAACGGGUGUGCAGCUUCUACCUGAUAAUUCGUUUUCUGUUUUUUUUUUU